AUGCUAUAAAUUAAUAUUGAAGUGCAAACAGUUUAUUUUUAUAUAGAUUCACCAAUAACAUAUUGCCAUAUGUAACUUAAUGAUUGUAAUAUGUUUGAUUGAAUAUAGCUGUUACUGCAGUCAUGUUAAAUAGUUAACUUAAAUGUAAAUGCUAUGAACAAUAAGACAUUUAUGAAAAGGUUGAAAUUAAAACUUCUUAUGAUCCUAAAAACAAAAAAAAAGUAAGUUUUUUUUAUUAUGCCAGCUCAAAUUGAUUUUUUUUGAAAAUUAAAGUAAAUUUGGAGAGGCUGUUUUUGAUCUUGACUUUUAUAUCUAGAAUAAAUUCUAAUAAUUAUCAGAUAAAUUAUCAAUUCAAAGUGAAUAGAAUGAAGAAGCCUAAUUAACUUUUAUGUUUGAAUGGUAAUUCAUAGAAAAGCCUUUAGAAAAUAAUCCUAAAAUUCUUAAUCCUUAUCUAUCAGGUAAUAGUCCUUAAAGUACAUAACGAAAUGUUGUUGGAUAGAGUCCAAAAAGAUUGGGUUAAUCAAAAAAAGUUGGAGAUGAUUUAGAAAAGAGAACUACUCAUGUAACAUAUUCUUAAUGGAAAGAUCAUAAAGAAUACUUAAAGAAUUAAUUAGAAAGAAAACUUAAAGAACCAAAACAUCCAUAAAAAGUAAUAAUGGUUGAUGAUUACAAUUAUAAUUGGACAGAUACAUUAAGAAAGCCUGAUGGUUAAGUAAGAGUUGCAUCUCCUCCAAAAAGAUUUGGAACACCUACAAAAAUAAAUAAGAAAUUUUAAAAUACUUCCAAUAAUUUCAAUCCUCAAAGAUAAUAAGAUCAUGAAUUAAGAAUGAUAAAUGAAAAAUUAAGUAAAGUAGAUAAAUAAUUAUAAUAAAUGAAUAAUGAAAAUAAAGAAGAAGAAAAAAAAAAAUAUUCAUCUAAACUUAAUCAAAAAUUAAAAUAACAUAGAUAAUUAGAUGAUUUAAAAAAUGGAUCUAAUGAAGAUUAAAAUUUAAGUUAAUCAGAAAAAGGAACGAAAUAAAAAUCUCUUCAGUAUUAAUCUUUUGUAGAAUAAAAAGAUUCUAAAGAUUAUUAAUUUAUGUACAAUAGCUAAAUUUAACCACCUACUCAAUAAUAUUAGCCUUCUGAUUAAUUAGUCAAAUCUUUACAUGAUCCCUAAUAGUAUAAGCAAACAAAUAAACAAAAUUUUUCUUAUUUAGAUGGCCCAAAAAGUCCUUCAAAAUAAUAACAAUAAUUAUCCUAAAGAAGUAAAACAUAACAAUAAGAUGAUUUACAAAAUAAUAAUUAAUUUAAUAAUUAUUCUAAUUAUUCUGAUAAUUAUGAAGAUUUAAUGAAGAAGUAUUUAGAUCUUAAAGAUAAAUAUCAAAAUUCAUGUAUUGAAUUUUCUUUAUUGUCUUCAACAUAUUCUUAAUUAAAAGAUGAAUAUACAUAAGUUAUCCAAUAAAAUUAGGAAUAUUAAUAAUAAGUUCUCUUUUUAUAAUAGUAACAAUUAAUCAAUAGUAAUAAUGAUUAAAAUGCUCAAUCUACAUAUAAUUAAGAAAUAUUAAAAAAAGAACUUGAGUUUCUAUAAAGAGAUAACAACAUGUUAAAGUCUCAUUUAGAGUAGAGUCAAUAUACUGUCAGUUAAUUACAAAAAGAGAAAGAAAAAAGUCAGAUGGAAAUUUAUAACCUUAAAAAUAAUUUAAUGCUAAUCAAUUAAGAAAUUGAAAAAAUAUAAAAUGAAACAUUAUAACUGAAAACUGAUAUAAAAUAGAAUAGUUAUAAUGAAUAACCAUCUGAAAGUUAUGCUAAAUUAAAUACAAAAUAAGAUAAUUAAAUGAUCAAUUAAUUAAAAACUUAAAUUGAAAAUUAUGGAUUAGAUGCUAUUCAUUAAAAAGAAGAAAUAGAAAUACUUAAAAAAUAAAAUUAAUAAUUAGAAAAAGAGAAUUCAAAUUAUAAAAAGUAAGUUGGAAAUUUUAAUCAAAUUAUAUAAUCUUAAGAAGAUGAAAUUACUAAAUUGAAAGAUUAGCUUGAAGAAAAAAAAUAAGAUUUAAUUAGAGUCUAAGCUUUAAAUAAUUAAAGUGAUUUUGGAGAUAUUAUUGAUGGUUAUAAAUAAGUAAUUAAAGAAAGAGAAUAACGUAUUAUUGAAUUAGAUUAGUUUUUUAAAUAAAUAACUUUAGAAAAAUAAGAUCUAUAAUCAUAAUUAUAAUAAAGUUCUGAAGCAGAAAAAAAAAUAAAUCAACAAUUGAAUGAUCUUUAAUUAGAUAUUGAGAAGCUAUAAACUGAUAAUUAAUAUUUAAGAUAGAUAUUAUCAUAAAAUGAAUAACAAAUAUCUUUAUAGUAAGAAUUCUAGAUUAAUUAGAUAAUAAAACAAAAAUUCAAUUCAUUAAAAUGAAGCUAAUUUUAAAGGAUUUAGUUUUAGAGGAGAUGAUGCUGAAAAUCAAAGUGAAAGUCUGAAAUAAGAAAAUGCUACACUAAGUAUUAUUUUUAUGAUUUUUUUAGAAAUUGAAUAGAUUAAGGAUAAAGUUAAAAUUGAGAGUUUGACAAAGGAACUAGAAAUUUAAAAAGUACAUGAAUUGUUUAUUUUAAGAAUAUAGCAGAAUUAAGUGAAUAUUAAUUGUAAGAAGCUUAAGAUCAACUCAUGUCUUAAAAAUAACGAAUAGCUGAUAUUUUAAAUUUAAUGUUGAUAAAUGGUAAUGCAAAAUAAAUGGAUGAUGUAGAGAAAUUAUUAUAAAAUAAAGAAUUUUUAUCUCUUUGA